AUGAAUUAUGAAAAACGGCUAGCCUUCGUCGUAUUUUUGAUCUUAUUACAAAUUGUACAAAGUGUUGAAAGGUUUGAAUGUAACAUAUUAGAGCCAGCUUGUCGCAGGAAAUUGGAACAAAAAGCCAGAGGCAUAAGCGAAAGGAAGAAUAAUGGACAAUGUAACUAUCAAGAUCUGUGGUUGAUCCCUGGAAGGGCCGAUGCUUCUUGUAGUAGGUUUUUAGAUUUAUAUUUUUGUCGCCUUUGACUUAAAAUGUCAUAAAAGCUAAAUUGCAAUUUAAUACGAUUUCUUAGGUCAAAAAGUCUGUAGAGUGUGCUUUAUGUGCGACGUUUUUAUUGAUUUUUCUACGUACUUUUUGACCAAUGUUUAAAUUUUUUUGGGAAUUUCAAAUUUUCAGGUUUUUUUAUUAUGUUUAUCAUUUUCAGCCCGGCCAGACGCCAAAAAGUUGGUAGAAAUCGACCCUCGUCAAGUGAAAAUCACCCCUGCCAUAGUAAAGUUCCCCGGUUGUUUUACGAUUGAAAUUAAAAACGUACGGAUACUCAACGAUAAAGACGUUCUUACUAACUCAUUUUUCGCGAAAUCAGAAUACUAUUGGCUGAAUGUGAAACAAUUCAGUGAAUUGAAAUGUCAAAAUGCUUCAAAUAAUGGUUGUGGAGGCUAUGGAAACAAUUGGUGGGUUAAUCUGCGUGUUAAAAUAGGUACUAAAAGUCAUUUUUUAUGCUCGUAUGUAUUAUUACAAGUCAUUUUUUAUCUGUUUAAGUGAUUCAUAAUAUAUAAAUCAAAUUGUUUCCAAUUCUAGUUACUACUGUGACAUCUGUGAAAGCCUGAACGCGGCAACCGAAGUGUCGGACGCGGUCAAAAUCCACAACGAGUUAACCGACCAGUUUAAAGGCUUAAACUGUCCGAAACAUGCUGGCUUGUACACCUUCAAAAAGGAGUUUUGCUUCAACGACUGGUCAAGUUUCGAUCAAAACGGCGACUGUCAACUGGAUUUCCUACAGACCGAUCAAACCGACUUGAAGUCGGCGUUGACGUCGCUGCAACAAAUCGGCUACGUAAGGAUUACUUGUUUGGAUUUGGAAGGGUCUGUUACAAAGGGUUUUAAUUGUUUUGUGGGGGUGUAACGCUGAUGUUUAAUUAAAAAAUAGUUUUUCUUGUAAAUGAUCGCUAAAAAAUUGAAAUUUUUUGAAAUAUAGAUAGUUAAAACCGCCACUCUUCCCAGGAAACAUUUCAAAGUCAGAGAAAGUUAGGAUUGCCUUUUUAAUCGUAAAAUAAGAUCGUUUAUUACAAAAUUUAAAUAUAUAAUGUUUCCAGGGCACAGUAGUAGCAAAAGUAAGGUUAGCAUACAAUGCGACUGGAGCCAUAGCUCGGAAACGUGAUGCCAAGGCGAAUCAGAUCAAACGAAUGGUCGAAAGAGAGUUGGCGGAAAGGAAAAAGAGCUGGGACAUCAAUCGUGGCCAAUUUGAAAAGUUCCAGCAAUGGUACAUCGAUUACAGGCAAAAUAUCUGGCAUCGGUAAGAAAAAAGACGAAAAUUUGAAAAUUUUUUUUGUAGAACCUUUUUAAAAACUUUUAAUUUAAAAAUUAAAGCUAUAAGUAUGACGUUUAGAGAAGAAUAUCUUCCGUGGUUACUGUACGAAAAUGAGUUAGCAUGCCUUCGGUUGACAUUUGAUGUCUGUGAGCGUAAUCCUCGGCCAAAGCCUUAUGGUGGCCAAGGGUACACUUGUGACUGA